GAAUACCUGUGACAUCAUCAGUACCUUUCCAGGUAGCUGUCGAAUCGUGAAUGUGAGGCAACGGGUAACGAUCGAGAAAGGGUUUUGCAUUCAAUAGCCGAUAGUCACCAGUUGGAUUAUCAUCGGAAGGAAUAUUUUCUUUACACUUGUUAUAAUUAUUCAAACGGCUCUAUGCUGGAACGCCUGCCAAUCCUUAUGAUUGGACAAUAGGUCGGCUGAGACCCGCGCAGCUUGUUUUGGUUUCGAUUUCUCUGCUCUGUUGCGUGUAUCCCAAAUAAAUAUAUCGGUCAAAUUCUUGUUCUUCAAGACUUUUGUGAUUGUAAGUUGUUAUCUUGCGCCAAAUACGAAUUUGAUUUGUUCCCCACGAACUUCGAGUGGUUUUUGUUAUGGUUAGAUGGGCAGAAUUCCCUUUAAAAAUAUGAAUUAAACUUACAGUUAAUGUGGUUCCUAACCGAACGAUCAUCUUAUUUUUAUUGUUCCGAGUUUUAGACUUCAUGGGAUUAACUUUUCACUUAAUGCGCGCAAAAUUCUGUUAUUAUCACUAUAUAUUUUUGUUGCACACUUAUAGGUCCCCGUUUUUCUCAUAUAAUGCGGACCAGGUGAGUAUUUACCUUUCAUGGUAUCAUCACUUCUGUUACAUUUUUAUACAUUUCGUUCCAAGGUGUUUAAAAUCAACAAGCGAUCUGUGCCCAUAUCAGUGUAUUCAUAUUUGUGAAAUUUUCACAAUAGUGUAUAUUUACCUGGAUACAAAAAGUUUAAAUUAUAAAAUGCGUCAGAUCAUUAUUUCACGUUGCUGCCGCUGGGACCAAACAAAUCUGGUUGUCGGAUUGCGAGUGUACAUAGACUUUAAAUAAUACACUUGCUAAAUAAAUACUUAGGAUUUGUAUAGCAUAAUAUACAGUUACUAAAUAUUGUCAUUUGAAUGCCCGGACCACUUUGAAUAAUUAAAUCUGGUAAUGAAUAUUUUGUCCCAGUGUACAUUAGUCUCACAGUUCCUCUUUAUUAUUUUGUUUCAGAAAUCGAGGUCAGAAGAGAUCUAUUGUAUCAUCGCUAGGAUUGGGUCCAAAAUAUAGCAGGCAUAAAGGUGUUGAUCUUAAGUGUUCUGGUUCAAGACGAAAUUGUACCAGUACCUUAUUUUUGCGGAGUCAAGCGAGAACUCGUUGGUUAUCUGAAGUUACAAAAACUCGUGUAGGGGGAAACCUGGGAAACCCAAGAAUUCGUAAGCGCGGUAGUCGGGGUCUCUGUGAAAUUAGUCGUUUGCACUGUACAGUACACUUGGAGUCCAAAACCUGUAGCUGUUCAUCUGAUCCUCUAAUGCAUACUGUGUAUGCUACGCGGACAAAAAGUAAAGGUUGUGGUUCAUUUUCAGUAAACAACAGUUCAACUCUGAGAUCUCGUAUAAGCGAAAUAAAGGUGGAAGAAGAGUCCAGGUUUAAUUUGUCGGAAUCCAGUAUUGAGGUCGAGCCUAAACUUUACAACAGUAAUCCACCCGGUAGGCCAUUUAGUAGGGGAGUCAAAAGAGGGCGUCUACGACUCUCUAGAGGUCUUCCUAGGUCUAUUUGUGACACCGGAGCUAAUCCGACUAGGAAAUCAGUAGAUUUCAUAGGUAACGGGACCGUUGUUCAAAGGUUAUUCCCCAAGAAAUGUGAUUCUCCAGUACAUAAUGCUUUUGUUAUUGACUGUGUAGAUCCGCAAAGUACAUUAAGGCUCGAUAUACCAGAUGAAAGUAGUUAUAGAUCUAGUAACAACAAAUCAGACGUUAAAAAAGAAAUUUCUGCGAAUUUAUCUUUACCAACGAAACGACGACGUGGGAGACCUCUUAAAUUGUGCUCUACAGUAGUUCCUAAAGCCAUUGCUCACAUAAAAUCUGAAAACAAGGAAGUCAUCCGGAAUGAGAUCCAGGAAUCAGUCUACUUGCCCCAUGAUUCAUAUCACUCAUGUCCAGAAAUCACUAAAGAACAGGUGUUUCGAAGUAUUGGUCUAGUGCGCACAUCAUGUACAGCUUCACCCUUUCAACUUCGUUUUGGUGCCACUGAUGAUGUUCUCCAAGAAGUAUUAAAUGAAGUAAAUGAGUAUGGUUUUGUAAAGUUGCCUGUCAAACGUAUAAGAAAAGGUCGUCAAAAACCUACUACCCCUCCUGGCAAGGUCGAUGAAAGUCAUUUUGUAAUGAGCUUCAAUUCUCCUUCUGUUGAAAGAAUUUUCGAUUCCAUUUGCAAAGAAGACAGAUUAAAUGAUGAUCUCGCUUCAAAAGAUUUAUUUCUAGCAAUGAGUGGUCUCUUGCGCCCAGGUGUUUGCGAAGUAUGGCGCAGACGACGGGAAGAUCGAAGUAAGCAAUUGAGUCGAAAUUUGAUGGGUCGUUUACGUCCUAAUCCUCGUCCACGACGAUACUCUGACAUGAUAUCUCAAAGCAGCCAUCAUUCCCACAUUGAUGGUAUUUACAAUAAUGAAAAAACUAGACAUCAAUCUACACGUUCGACUACUGUGUCAGCAGCAAGGUUAACUGCUGCUAAGAAGCUCAUUCGAGCUAAAUCACAUGUUCAGAGUAGCCUUCAGAUUACUCCUAUUAGGUCUCAAAGUACUGGAUAUGUAGGUAAAUUAUGUUUGGACUCAAGAUCUGAUCAGUCUGCACGUUGUACUCCCAAAAUGAAUGUUUCUAUACCACCUAGAACUAGUCGCCAUCCGGAUGUAAGCCACCAUAUUGAUUGGAAGUUUUGUUAUGUUUCCUCAAGUAAGCAGAAUGAAGUCACAGGUCUCAGUAACAGUCUUCAGCGUCGCCAACGCCAAGCAAGUUUUACUUCAAAAUGUCGCAUGGAAAAUGUUGAUAACUUGUCACCUAUAAGAUCACUCGAUAAUAGCCCCUAUAAUCUGGAACAAGGUAGUUUGGAAGAUUCUUGUGAUAUUCGCAGAACAGAUAUGAGAAACCAAAUACAACUAAAAUCAGAAAACAGGAAUCAUCUUCAAAUUAGUAGUCCUAACGAUGUUGAAAGGUUCAAAAGAAAUUAUAAUAAUUCUAUACAAUUAUCUGGUGAUCGACGUCUCGAAAGACGUCGCAAUAAACGCCGUGCAAUCACAUUUCAGAGAAAGCGACCGAAUGAACGUUUCUUGACUUCCCAUAGGCAGGACGAUUGGUAUUCGGAAAAAACAUAUUUGCAUGAUGAUUCUGCAUCAUCUUCAACAUCCAAGUCUGGCAUAGUAGAUGUUUAUGGAAGGUCUUUUCGCCAAGCAAAGUGCUACCAUCACCGUCCUUCUAAAAUUGGGCAUUCCAGACGGACAGGAUCAAGUUACUGUUGCCAUAGUGCUUUAGAAUCUCGUCCACCACGAAAGUCAGAGCGUUCAUUAAGUUCUCGACGCAUCCAUACAAGUUCUAAGUUUAGUAGCCACCGAUUCGUAUUGCCAGAACCCGGUCAUAGUCAUGCGUCUCGCUAUCGCAUCCCUCGACGACCAGAUAGGAUGUGCCAACUCACUCUCCUCGAUCGUUUAGUUCUUGGACUAAAUUGCAGUGUGUCGCAAAAUGAUGAUGAAAUCCAUAUUAAACAACUUCAUGCAGAGGAAUUGAAUAUUCUUACACAACGUAUGAGCCGUACAGGUUUUUUUAUACAGUCUCUUGCUCUUCGACAAAAUGCUAACAGCGAUGCUGAAUAUAACAUUGUCCUUACUUUCUCUUCUGAAAACGAAGCAGGUACCAGACGUACACAGUGUCCUCAUUCAUUGUUCCGCUCAAAGUUAGAUUCGCAUGACAGAGACUCAAUCUGUCACUCUUUGUCUGUCUGCGAUCAGAAUGCCUGGAAAAAAGUCAAACGUCACAAUCGUCCAAGGAGGAUUUCUUGUUUAGCCUCACGACAUUCCUUAUUUUCACACUCAUGUCAUAUAAGUAAGUCCCAUCGUUAUGAAGACCGAAGUGGUUCUUCGUUACUUGUUGGAUAUCAAAGUGAUUCGGGUUUACUUAUUCAUCGCUCAACAAAUUGUGUACGCGAGUCCCAUUCUGAAUGUGAGGAGUCUGGAACACACCGGUAUAAACACUUUGAAAAAUUAAGUGUCAGCAGGAAAAUCAGUCAUGUUCUGUGUAAUGCUGAUAGUAAGCUAGGACAUUGUUAUUCUGUCCUCGGACCCCUUGAUAAAGCUUCGCUUCGGCAUUUGCAAGUCAACUCGUUUUCUGGCUCGACUAAGAUAGAAACUCAUCGCUCUUGCCUACCACUCGAAUUUAACUAUAUAACUGGUAAUACAGAUGUACAUAAACGCUCAACGAUCUCGUCUCGCGUUUCGUCAGUGAAGGAUGACGAACACAAUAAUGUAACUUCUGAAGAGUCAUCGACUAUUCAUAUCAGUAACUCUUCAAAUAUUAAUCCAAGUAAUUCUAAUCAUGGGGCUUCUAAGCGUGAAGCUAGCAUUUAUAUUAUUGGUACCGUUCAAAACCUGCCGUUUCGCCGUCAUAGUCCGCGUAAAGUUAUUCGCAAGGUUUAUACUGGUAGUCUCACCAUACCGAAAAUACUUAAUCGCAAAAGAAUUCCUGCUGUACCUACUAAUUCACUGGGCGGUCCGGGUGUUAGCAUGACAGUCACAUCUACCAAUUCUCUGAUGAGUACUUUGGCGACUAAUUCUAUCGUUAGUGCUGUAUCAUGUUCGACAUCAAGCAGUUCAGUUGGCCUGAACUCAUGUGCUGCAACCCUUCUUUUCCAUGACGCUCAGUCGGUACCCAUUUAUUCUGCAGCAACUCAACUCAGACGUUUACAAGCUACUGCAACAUCGUUAAGCGUCGUGCAAAAUCCUGAAUCAACUAUUGAGCAGUCAAAAAUAAACGUUCCUCCUUUAGCUGUUGUACCUUCAGUUAUAACUGAUCCACAGACUGUAACCAAAGUAAACAUGCAGGAUUCCGAUAUCACAGCUACACUUCAUGACACUCUUAAUCAACCGGAGGGAAGUACAUCAGUUGAAAUUAUUGAUCACGGAAAUAUGCCUUCAGAUUACCUGCCGAGGUCUGUAACUGUCGAACAUCUUACCUUUGAAAAUCAUUGUGAACUGAAUGUCUCAAAAGCAAAUCUAACUAGUGCUAAUUGUCCCAUUACUAAAACGCCGGAAAUUGAAGUGGAUGUGAAAGAUUUCUUGUCAGAUGUGAUUUCUAAUGAAACUGGUAUAAAUGGUGCGAAUUCUGUAAUUAUAUCCGGUGCAGAUAUGUGCCAUUCAGGGAUCACUCCAUACAACGUAGUCAGUGCUGCCAGUUCAUAUACUUCUGCUGUCGCAAAUUCGACCAACGAUGAAGAAGCUAUAGAUGAUUCCCAAACACCAGCUACAUCGCUUAGUGCAAGUCAACUGCUCAAAUUGAAACGUCUUCAUGAUGAGGUUGGGCGACCAAUUCAACGAAGAGACUCUAAAUCUCCUCGCUGCAUUUCUCAUACACCAUCACAGUUCCAGUCUCCUAUAUAUCUACCUGCUCUUUCUCAAAAUCUGUCACAGCCACUCGAAUCAGAAGCAAUUGUUACACAGUGCCUACAAACUUCCCAGCUUCAACAAUCUCACCAGUGCAUUCAAUACACCUCGUCAGUAUUGUCAAACACCACUGAGCUUAACUCCGAAUUUCGACCAUUCCCCUUGCAUUUAAAUCAAAACCCUACUCAUAAAAGUAACCCAAAACUUGAAAUAGAUGAUGAUGACGAUGAUGAUAUGGAAGAUUUCGAGCUCAAAAACGUUACGAAAAUGUAUGAACCUUCUUCUGUUACUUCAUUCCAGUCUUCUGUACCGUCCCAAAAGUUAACGUCAAGUCAUUUUUUCGACAAUAGCGCUCUGUCUACUGUACCGACAACUAUAUCUUCAGAACUAGAAGGUCUUCCUUUUAUGAGUGCUCACUACCCUACAGUAAUGAGAGCAUCUUGCGUAAAUUGGCCAAUUGGACGUCCUACUUUUAAUCCCACGCUCACAGGCAACUUAAGAUCGCCAUCACAAUGUUUUAAUCCUUUAGCACCUGCUACGGUUCGUUGUUUUACGGAAGCAGACCAAAAUACAGGUAUGUUGAGUAAUUAG